CCCUCUCCAUCUGCUUCUAUGUCUGACUACCGGUGUAUAUUCUUCUGAAAUUUCAGUAUCAACUUAUUUCUCGUUCCAUACAAUUCAAAAGUGUCUAGGAAGCAAAGAAUAUUUGAAAUUUUGAACCUUGCAUCGCAAAUUUCUUUGAUAACAAAAAAAUAAAAAUGGCUUCACCACCACAAACUCCAACAACGCCUACAAAUGGAGGACCUCAUCUGGAGGCAAUUGAUCGAAUAAAAAAUAUUCCUGUGAUACAUUCUGCCAUUGAGAGAACUGGAUCGACCUACAAUUAUCUAAAGGAUUCUAAUCAUUUAAUAAAUUGGGCUUUAAGUCAUGCUGAAGCUGGUCUUAAUUUAGCCACAGCAGCAGCUGCACCAAUUGCAACGCCACUUGCAAAAAAAUUUGAGGGACAAAUUAAUGCUGUUGAUCAAAAAUUGUGUCAGGGCUUAGACGUAGUGGAGGAAAAAGUACCAAUAAUGAAACAACCACCUCAACAGAUUUAUGAUGCAGCCAAAGAAGUGAUGAGCAGUUCACUGCAACCAACAAUUGACACUUUAAUGAAUGCAAAACAAUCGGCAACUCAACAGGCUUCUUCAUUGAAGGAUGUUAGCAUAAACAAGGCAAACGAAAUUCUCAACACACGUUGUGGAACAUUGGCCGUCCAAGGUGUUGAUAGUACCAGUGCUCUUGUCACGAAACUACUGGACCAUUUCUUCCCACCGAUUCCUGGCGAGGAUACUCAACCUGCUCCAGUGUCAGCAGACGAGAACAAAGUACUGCACGCUGUGCAAACAAUUGGUCAAUUAUCGACAAAAACUGCUAAUCGUGUAUAUCAUUCCAUUUCGGCUCAGCUGAAGACCAUUAAGAAGGAAGAUGUAUCAACGUACAUUACAAACGUUGUCUCGAUUCUUCAUCUAACACAGUUUUUAAAUCUCGAGAAAAAAGAGGAGAGUCCUAAUAGUCCCAAUAAGUCCUAGUGAGAUUUAAAAUCGAAAACUAUUUUACAAAUAACUGUCAUUGUUUCUAAAACUUUACACUUGUGAUUCAUAAAACUAAGAAUGCUGGUAUAUUGAAAUUGUUUUCUAUAUGAUCAAUUUUGGCAUACGCAAAAAUUUUUCGACUUUAAUUUAAGGGCCAGGGUUCAUCAUCUUCUCGCAUUUAUUUCCUAAAAUUCUCCCAAAAAAAUAGUACCAUCUAAAUCAUUAUCAAGUAUCCCAGUGGGAAAAAAGCACGUUCGUCCCAAAAACUUUGUUCAAAUCUUUUUAGAACGUUUCAUGUCCGUCAAGUAAUGUUCCAUAACAUUUUAAGAACAACGUAUGUUCAAAUAAUGUUCUGAAAUAUUUUUUGUCUGGCAUGAAACGUUCUAAAAACGUUUAAGGAAAUUCUUGCCCACUAGAAUUUUAUUUUUUACUUUGCACCUGAAAUGAAAAUCUUCUUAAUUGCUUAUUAUGAAUUAAAGAAUAAACAUUAAGGAUGACUAAAAUUACCCUUAGUGAUUAUUA